ACGUUAUGUGUGUGUUUCGGCUUCUUUCACGCUGUAUCGGUGCAGUUAUGGGAACUGUGUCUGCACGCAAACGCAAUUCCAGUUGAAACAGACAGGUCAUGUCACUUUUUAGAAAACCAAACAGAAAAUUUCGGCAGCGUCUACACCACAGUGACUCGGAGGAAGAGACCGGGCACGACUGCGUGAUCAACGUCGCUGACAGGCAGCCCGCAAACGCACCGUCGAGCUUGUCUAAACCGCACGACAAGUCCAAUGAAGACAAAACGGAGGCCAAAGGACCUUCGUCACUACUAAGUUUCGGGGACGACGAUGAAGAGACGGAGGUCUUUAAAGUCAAGAAGUCCAGCUACAGCCGCAGGCUCACGAAACAACUUGAAAGAGAGAAAAGGAAAAAACUCAAGGAAGCUCAAAAGCCUGACAAACCAGAGGAUGUCAAGCCGGAGGAAAUCAAACCGGAGGAACCGCCUGCUGAAGGAGCAGAUGAACUCGAAAUUAAGAUUAAGAACACAUUUAAGAUCCUCAACUCGGAAGAAAUCCGACAGCUCGCUGGCAGCACCGACGAUGAUAGCGAUGGUGAACAGGGUGGUGGGAUCAAGUUCCGCAAGUACAAGAACGUCAUCCAAAGCGGCGUUAUCCCGGAUGCGGCGACUAUUUAUGCCCUGAAGAAACAGCGGCAGAUGGCACGGGAACAAGGAGAUUUCAUUCCGCUAGAAGAGGAACAUGCAGAGUCGCGUCUGCCAAGGGACGACAAUCAGAGUGACGACGAGGAGGAAGGUAGGAUUAGCUUCACGGUCAACACGGCAGCCAUCGAGAAGCAGCGGGCAAGGGAAGCGCUCGAGCAAGCGCAAGAAGACAACACAGACGGGGAGAACGAAGACGGGGCUGAGCUGGAGCGCUGGGAGCGGGAACAGAUGAAAAAAGGAGUCAGCACUGCUCCUGUGAUCGUCCCAGACCAGAACAGCUGCGAGAUGCCUGCCUACUUUACGUCGCCCGCGGAAGAGGUCAGAGAGGUGGUCAACAGAAAGGACCUCUCCACCGAGGCCAUCGUGAAAAGAGUCACAGACAGGCUGGAGACUGUGCAGGAGUCCCUGGCUGCCCACGAGCGCCGCAAGAAUACCAUACUCUCAGAUGUUGAUGAGUCCCAGCGUAUCAGGGAGCAGCUGGAAACCGAACUUCCGCAGCUGGCAACACGUUUCCAGUUCUUCCAGGAAAUGCGCACCUACGUGGACGACCUCGUCGGCUGUCUCGACUCCAAGAUGCCCAUAAUACUGGCCCUGGAAGGUCGCAUGCUGUCCCUGCUGUGUCAGCAGACGGAGGGUCUACUCCAUAGGCGGCACCAGGACAUCAAGGACCAGUCGGAGGAGAUGUCCCUCGCAAUCAAGAACAUGAGCCUGCCUCCGAACGACACCCGCAACCGUAGAGCAGCAGAACGAGAAGGGCGACGAGUUCGUCGGCGCAAGGUCCGAGAGUCACAAAAAGGGACCAUGCCACACUAUGAAGGGAUGUCUACAGAUGAUGAGGAACCAGAUGCCUGUCUUGUUGCUCUAUCAAAGGAAAAAGAAUCGAUACUGGACGACACGAGGCACGUCUUCGACGACGUCGUGGAGGACUUCAGCAGCGUGACCGCGCUGAAGCUGAAGUUCGAGAGGUGGAAGAUAGAGGAGCCCGACAGCUACGAGCGUGCCUACGUGAACCUCUGCCUGGUGAAGCUCCUGGCACCGUACGUCCGUCUGCAGCUGGUGUCCUGGAACCCGCUGGAAGGCGUCCUGGAAGGGAGUGCCUGGUACGAAGCCCUCCUCUUCUACGGGGAGCCAGUGGCCAAGGACCCCGACCUGUGCCUCAUCCCCCGCAUCAUGGAGAGGGUCCUCGUCCCCAAGCUGUCCGCGUUUGCGGAGAAGGUGUGGGACCCCAUGUCCGGGAAGCAGACGUUGAAUCUGGUGCGGGUGGCCAAGAAGCUGCUCGAAGACUACCCGAACGUCGGUGGGCAGAGCCCACAUGUUCAGAAAUUUUUGUCCAAAGUGGCCGCCAGGAUCCAGAAAGCCAUAGACGAAGACGUCUUCAUUCCGCUUUACCCCAAAGAGGUUCUGGAUAACAGGUCCGGGGCACCAUCAGCAUUCUUCCACAGGCAGUUCUGGUCCUGCAUGAAGUUGAUGAAGAACAUCAUGUCGUGGUACGGUGUUUUGGCGGAGGAUCCUCUCAAGGAGCUGACCCUAUGUAGCCUUCUCAACCGAUACCUCAUCAUGGCCCUGCAUAACUGCAUUGGACAUCGGGAUACGGUGGAAAAGUGUAAAAUGGUCGUAUCAAUCCUGCCCACGUCGUGGAUUCGAGGGGGCCUUCCGCAGUUAGAUUUCUUCAUCCGUUUCCUGAAGCUGUACGAGCAGCACCUCAAGAAACUAUGCUCCAGCGGACAGCCCUCGGAGCUGAACAGCCACGUAAAGGACAGCCUACAAGAGGUCACCACCAUCCUGGGAUCGUUCACUGUGACUCGUUCCUCCGACAAAUAAAAUGCAAGUUCUCGUUAUCAGGAGGGCUUGUGGGUUACGAAAGCAAACUACUCCGCGGUCACUGAAUUAAAGGGACGAUCGCAUCCGUUUCAGUA